CAUCUUUAGGCUUCUUGUGUAGUGGUCGAGAGAACGAGAGGCUGCAAGAUGGCUGACGCGACUAUGGAGGUAAAUGAUGUGAACUUUGUAGCCAAGUUGGCCAAUGGAAUGAGCCUACGGACUCCAAUUGAAGAUGUGUCUUCUGCUCAGCCAGAAAGCAGUGUGAAACCAUCUGCUGAAGAAAUGACUUCAAAGGACUACUACUUUGAUUCGUAUGCACAUUUUGGUAUUCAUGAGGAAAUGUUGAAAGAUGAAGUUCGGACACUGACUUACAGAAACUCAAUGUUUCACAACCGACAUCUUUUCAAAGAUAAGGUAGUCUUGGAUGUGGGAAGUGGCACAGGAAUUCUCUGCAUGUUUGCAGCAAAGGCUGGAGCAAAGAAGGUCAUUGGGAUUGAAUGCUCAAGUAUAUCAGACUAUGCCAUCAAGAUUGUAAAGGCAAACAAGCUAGAUCAUGUGGUUACAAUUAUUAAAGGAAAGGUGGAAGAAGUAGAACUUCCAGUGGAAAAAGUUGACAUAAUAAUCAGCGAGUGGAUGGGAUAUUGCCUCUUUUACGAGUCCAUGUUGAACACAGUCAUAUAUGCACGGGACAAAUGGCUGACACCAGAUGGUCUAAUAUUCCCUGACCGUGCUACUCUUUAUGUAACUGCUAUUGAAGAUAGGCAGUACAAAGACUACAAGAUCCAUUGGUGGGAGAAUGUUUAUGGAUUUGAUAUGUCAUGCAUAAAGGAUGUAGCUAUUAAGGAGCCUCUCGUUGAUGUUGUUGACCCCAAGCAGCUGGUUUCAAAUUCUUGUCUCAUUAAGGAAGUGGAUAUUUAUACUGUGAAAGUUGAUGACCUGAGCUUUACAUCUCCUUUCUGCCUCCAAGUGAAGCGAAAUGACUACAUCCAUGCCCUGGUUGCUUACUUCAACAUAGAAUUUACACGUUGUCAUAAAAGGACUGGAUUCUCAACAAGUCCAGAGUCCCCCUAUACUCACUGGAAGCAGACAGUUUUCUAUAUGGAAGACUACCUCACAGUUAAAACUGGAGAGGAGAUAUUUGGUACCAUAAGCAUGAAGCCAAAUGCCAAAAACAAUCGUGACCUGGAUUUUACGGUUGAUAUUGACUUCAAGGGUCAGCUCUGUGAGCUGUCAUGUUCUACAGAUUACAGAAUGCGUUAAUGUCCAGAAGCUGACCAGCCUGAGAACCUAAACACAACACAUGUAUACAUUUAGCUGUGUGGUUUUAUUUACAUAUAGCAUACAAGUUUUUUACCUCCCGCUGCUAGCCACUAAGAGGAAGAGAAUUUAUUUUUUACCUCUGACCAGUGUUAUGUAAAUUUGGCUCUACUAAAGCAUUGGCUGUGGCAUCCAGUGUCCUAGGCUUGGGAUUUUUCUCUUCCUAAUUAAAACUGGAUUUAACUGUAUACAUAGUGAGAGGCUCUAACAACUUUUUUGCAACUUUUAAGAAUUGCACUGUCACUUGUGUCCCAUUUCUUCAUGCAAUGAACUGGGUUUGUUUCAGAAUUCGUAUCCUGUCUAGAAUUCCUAAAUUACUGCUAGUCUAGCAUUUAUACAUUUUAUCAGUGAAGGACGCCCAUGAGAUCUAAUAAUACUUCUAGUAUGACUUCAGGACUGCUUAUGUAGGCAAUAGGUUGAAGUAAUAAUUUCAGCUUGCCAAGUUUGUAUCCAUGCAUAAAUAUAAAAAAAAAUAUAUAUUUUUUUUUGAACCACAUGUUUAUGCAACCCAGAAGAGUUGGGAUAGGGAAACUAUUUGCAUUUUUGUGCUAUGUGUAUUUUUUUUUUGUUUUGUAAGACCUUUCAGAAAUUUUAUAUGGAAGGGUCCUUUUUUAAUUUUGUCCAAAUAACGCCUCAAAAGCUACCCAUUGUUAAUGUUUCAUAACUUAUGGUUUUUAUAUGGUUACAUUCGAAAUGAAAUUAAAAGGUUAACUGCU